AUGCCCACACCGCAAUACCAUGGAAAUAACUGGUCGGAAUUACAGUUCUUCCUAGUUGACCUCAAGGGUAUAUUCAUGGCGUCUAGCGACCAGUUCGCGGAGGACUCGAUGCGCGUUCUCUACGCUAGCUGCUGCCUGAAAGGCAGCAUCAAGCGGCGAUGGACAGCCUAUGCACAGCAACAGGGAGGAGAAUAUUUCACCUGGCCGAUGGUUGAGCAAUGGUUGAAGGACCAGAGACCGGACGCAGCAACCCGCUGCUUCGAUGCGCACAAACGACUAGCUAGCUGCUUGAUGCACCAACAACAGAAGGGCCAAUUAUUCCUUGACGCCUGGGAAGUUAUCGAGGCCGAAGUACCGAAUCCGGGCCCGGAAGAGAAUCGAGUUUGCCAAGCGCUCCUGAACGUGACGCAGCAAUACCAGGACUGGGUUGUUGGCAACGGGGUCCCUACGACCUGGGAGCAACUUCGCGACGAGGCUCUUAACAUGGACAAUCUUGAGGCGCCACGCCAGAGCCGCCAAAGUUACAACAACUAA